GUUGUUAGCAAAUUUGCGGCCGGCUUAGAAGUACUCUGCAACGUAGAAAUUUAAAAAAGUUUCAUAAGCUAUAUUAUUUUUAGCCAGUGACAAAAAAGUUUUUUCAAAACUACCUACAGAUUACGACAAUCUUUGCCACGAAGCCGCAGUCAGUCGAGCCAGUCAAUUACAGAUUUUUUUCUUUAAAAAAUGGAAAUCAGUUUCAAGAAUAAAGUUGUGUUAGUGACUGGCGCAAGCGCUGGUAUAGGGGAAUCUAUUGCAUUGCUUUUCGCCAAAUACGAGGCUAAAUUGGCGUUGGUAGGGCGGAGUGAGAGUAGCCUGUGGGCGGCGGCCGCCAGUUGCGAGGAGCUGAGCGGAGAGACGCCGCUGGUCGUGUUCGCUGAUCUGUCCACCGACGAGGGCUGUGAACUGGUGGCCAACAAGACAAUUGAUCACUUUGGGAAGCUGGACAUCUUGGUCAACAACGCGGGUGUGGGCGCGCGCACCACGAUCCAAACCACCGACAUGGCGAUGUUCGACCGCGUGUUCAACCUCAACGUGCGCGGUGUUUACAACCUCACCCGGCUGCUGGUGCCCCACCUUAUCAAAACCAAGGGCAACAUCGUCAACAUCUCCAGCAUCUCUGGGACCAAAGUGUCGGUGGGCAGCUUGCCGUACAGCAUGACUAAGGCUGCUCUGGAUCACUUCACUCGGCUGGUGGCGUUGGAGUUGGCACCGACUGGAGUUCGUGUCAACGCUGUGCUGCCCGGAUUCACGGUCAGUAAAUUUGUGACUCGCAUGACGAACUACUCGGAGAAAGAGUACAAAGACUGGCUGAACGAAGCCAAAUCCGGCAUUCCGAUGAGAGAAGUCUGCACAGGAGAAGACGUGGCUCAGGCUGUGCUGCACCUGGCCAGCGACCGCAGCCGCCUGGUCACCGGGGCGCUGCUGCCGGUCGACGGCGGCGCCCUCUUCGGCGAGUUUGGCAAUCUUAUGGAGAGGCAGAUUGCAUUGUGCAGGGAAUAGUUUUCCCAUGUUCAUAUCUUAAAAAAAAACAUUCAAAAAUAGUAAUGGUAUUACUAACUGUAAUCUUUGUCACAUAAUUUCAAUAAAUACCUAACAAAAUGAUAA